AUGUACGGGGCGCGAGGCCAACGGCAGGGGUUGGCACGGACUGAUUUCGCCAUCAGACUGCCGCCAAGCGGAGAGGUCUGUCUCGCGUGCCAACACACAUCAAUGGUUCAGUUGGGAUGUCGACCAUGGAACCUAAGUCUGACCAGCGUGGUUGUUCUCGCUCUCUCCAACAUGCUGUUGACUUUCCUGUUGCUCCAGUCAGAGACCUGCAACCCGGACGAAGUGCCCAGGGAUUUGGAGUCGAACGUUAUUACCGAAUGGAAUCUCGGUACCUUAAUCAAAGAGCAGCAGCAACAGCAGUCGGACUGCGUUACACAAGAUUAUCAACCGUUGCCAGCUGACGCGAACGGUUUAAAGCUGAACAUAAAGCUCGGCAGAUGGGACGCUCGUAGGCUGUUUCGAACCUUCGAUCACGUACUCGUCGGGGCCAGUUUCGUCGAGUUGUCGCAAGCGUAUCGCGUUUGCUUGGCCACGCAAAGUUCCGUGGAAAAGUUGCACUCGGUGGUUCAAGCGGCUCAUCAUUGGACAGGACCGAUGUCCGUAGCGUUGUACGCAGCCGGUGACGAAGAGUUCGAGGUCCUUCAGAAGUACCUGGUCUACCUCAGAAGAUGUUACGAACCGAUACGCGAAAGAGUGACAUUUUCCUUGGCCGUGCCAAGGAUCAGACCGCCUAAGAAGCAGCCACGCGAGUUCGAGCUACCUGAGGUGGUCGAUUGUGCCAAACCGGAAGGAACGUUGAACGAACUGAUGAACGGUGUCUCCACUGAACAGACAAACUGGCGGAUAAGAAACGUCUAUCCGCAGAAUCACAUGAGGAAUCUGGCUAGGAAGAAUUGCCAGUCGGAUUACGUGUUUUUGACGGACGUCGAUAUUGUGCCGAGUUUCAAUUUAACCGGAGCUCUGGACGAGUUCCUGAGGACUGAUACCUGUGAUAAGUGCGCCUACGUGAUACCGACGUACGAGCUGGACUCGCGCGUCAGAUUCCCUCAGAAUAAGACGGAGCUGGUACGACUGGCGAGAAAGGGGCUGGCCAGACCUUUCCAUCAGAAGGUCUUCAUCCACAACCAGUUUGCCACCAAUUUUACCAGGUGGAUACUAGACGCUACUCCUAAUCACAAGAAUUACGGGAACGUGAGGAGCGGUAAGGUGUAUAUCAGUCACGAUGUGACGAACUUUGAAUUUCUCUACGAGCCGUUCUACGUGGCCAAGGAUAUUGUUCCAGCCCACGACGAGAGGUUCAUGGGCUACGGAUACACGAGGAACACUCAGGUAUACGAAAUGUACGUAGCCGGGUACCAAUUCAAGGUCCUCUCCCCGGUGUUCACGGGUCACUGGGGCCUUCAGACGAGAAAAACCAGGCCAGCCUGGCGCGAGCGACAAAAUAGUGCCAACAGGAAGCACUUCGAGACCUUCAAGAAGGAGGUUUUCGCACGUUACAUGAGGGAUCCGCUAAAAAUGAUGAAGAACGCCAACUGA